UCUGUUUGGAUUUGGAAUGGCAUAGUGUUGUACACUGAGUGAAUGUUUAUGAAUGAGUGUACUGUGACGAUAUGAAUAGUGUUGUGGCUGGUUCUAGUCCGGUGGGCGGCGAAUAGUUGACAAUGCGCAGUCAUUAGAGUGGAAAGAAUGUGGCUAAUGGUUCCCGCGUUACUGUGUCUGGUAUCGAAUUCGGUAGCGGAAUGGCGUUGUCCAGAGCUUAGUGCGCGACCAUCGGCCGAAUGUUCGUGCGAUCUACCUCACACACUUCGCUGCGCAGGAGAUCAUACCGCACUACAGAUAAUAGGCCGACAUCUCCGCGAAAAAAGAGGGAGAAAUAAGAAUUCAGCUGUCUCACUUUUGGACUGUGCUCUACGUGGUGUGACGUCCCUCCCCUCUGCCUCAGUGGCUGAACUUGCAGGAGUAGGACUUCACGGCUUAGUGAUAUCUUCUGGGGACAUUAAACGUGUACAACAGGGGGCAUUCACGAGUAUCGCUAGUACAUUAUUGGCUUUAGGUCUUCCAAAUAACCAACUACCAUCGGUGCCUACGGAAGCUUUAUCAAACUUAGGUUAUUUAGACAGGUUAGACCUAUCAAAUAACAAAAUUCACGCGUUGGAUGGUAACUCAUUUAAGGGUCUUCAAAAUCUAACUUAUCUCGACAUAAACGACAAUCAGCUGACGAGUAUAUCGCCCGAGGCUUUCAAACCCCUAAUCAAAUUAUCAGUUUUGAGGUUAAGAGGAAACCUCCUUAAAGUAUCAGCCUUAUCUUCGCUCAAGGGGGCUAAGUCGUUGAAAGAGCUAGAUAUAUCGAGCAAUGCAUUGGAAGGGCCAGUGGGACCCACAACACUGCCGACCUUAUGGGUAUUGGAGACCCUACACCUGUCAGACAAUACAUUCGCGAGUAUACGGCGUGGCGCUUUGGCAGGUCUUGUAAAUCUUACACAUCUAAAUCUUCAUAACAAUCAAAUAGACGUAUUGGAGGACUACGCAUUUCGACAACUCAUUAACUUAACACAUCUCGAUUUAUCACAUAAUGAGAUUGUUUCCGUUUCUGGUGCCUCACUAGCGCAGCUAACGAACCUAGUUCAUCUGGAUUUAUCUCACAAUUUUUUACGUUCACUCUCUGCGGAGCCCUUAAGGUCGCUCUACGAUCUCACCGAAUUGCUGUUACACGAUAAUGAUAUUUCGAUUAUUGAAGAUGGGGCCCUAGGACUACAUAAAAAUCUUAGCCGGUUUACUAUUGAAGAUAAUCCUCUUAAUUGCGAUUGCUUAAUGGCUGGCUUUGCCCGGUGGUUACGGGAAGCAAAAAACGUCUCUCAAACCGAUAAGGCUUCUGUGGUCUGUGCGACCCCACCUCAUUUGGAGGGGGCGUUAUUGUCAAGGCUGUCGAAAAAUAAGUUAUGUGACGACUUCGAACACGUGGAUACGAAGGAGGAUGUGUACGAUUAUAGUAAGGUGAUGAUAAACUCCAUAGAUGAUGAAAUGUACAGUGAUAAACGCGAUGGAUUAGAUGAUGAUGUUUAUGACGAAGAAUUAGAUGUGCCAGGCGAAGAGGAUUUGCCGAUUUCGACAGACCAGGUACAUUUGCUAGACGCCUGGUAUGACGAUGAAGAGAUUCACCUAUCUUGGUCAGUAGAACCUCCAUCUACUCGGCGCUUCAGAUGUACUGGGGUCACAGCGUCUAAAGGAGGUGGUCUGGCGAAGCACGUUGCUUGUCAUCGAGCUCCACCUACUAACGUAAUAUUACGGGGGUUAAAAAUUGAUCCAUUAGAGAUGUAUACAUUCUGCAUUGCACUCGAAGAGAUGGACGCUAAAGAUGUGCCAAUGGCUUUGGUACUAGGAUGUGGUUUGCCACAGUUGGUACGACAAAGAGCGAGCUACGUCACAGUGAGGACUACUGUAGCUACUCAACCACCAGAACCUGAUAUACGUGUCUCUGAGGUACGAUCCAACGUAACAAGCGAUGGAGUUCUCACAGUGUUGAUAUCGGUAAUGGGUCUUCCUUUACGUUCUUUACGGUCCCAGCGUCUCUCAGACCACUAUCCCCACUGCUAUGUCGUAUUAGCAGUGCUGUCCAGAGGCUCAUUGGUAGCGCAAAAAGAUUCGCCAUGUCAAGAGACCUUAGCAAUUUUCAUGGAAGGAUUCAUUACCGGUCCAUAUGAAGCGAAAGUAUUUACGAGAUGUCAAUUAACACGGGAGUUCCUAAAAACGAAUUUUCAUCAAAAAACUUUCCUUAGUAACUGGGUAUGCUUAAUAGAACAAGAAAGUGGCAGAAAUACAUCGGCUUUUAAUGUAAAGUCUUCGAGAAAGCAGUAUUAUGGAUUAUUUCAACUAGGUAACGAAUAUUGCAAGGAAGGUCGCAAAGGGGGAAAAUGCAACGUCGCUUGUGAAGCGUUGCUAGAUGAAGAAAUAAGAGACGACUGCGCGUGCGCAUUGAAAGUAUUUGAAGAAGAAGGCUUUAAGUAUUGGACAAAGUGGGAGAACAGAUGUAAAGGAGAACGAUUGCCUGAUAUUGAGAAGUGUCCAGAUUGGCAGUACCCUCCAAGGGCAUCCCCUGAUCGCUUGAAGAGGAAUCUGCGUCAAUUUGAUUCCGUACCACCAACAAAUAUGUUAACAAAAUACCAAAAAGUAAAGCGGCUACACUUAAGGAAAAAAUAAAUGACAUUAAAAAUACAUCUUAUACUUUCGUAAA